AUGUCACGCCUGCCUCUCUACCUGCACGCUUGCUCUCUACCUGCGCGCUUGCUCUCUACCUGCACGCUUGCUCUCUGCCUGCACGCUUGCUCUCUACCUGCACGCUUGCUCUCUACCGGCACGCUUGCUCUCUACCUGCACGCUUGCUCUUUGCCUGCACGCUUACUCUCUGCCUGCACGCUUGCUCUCUACCUGCACGCUUGCUCUCUGCCUGCACGCUUGCUCUCUGCCUGCACGCUUGCCUCUCUACCUGCAUGCUUGCUCUCUACCUGCACGCUUGCUCUCUACCUACACGCUUGCUCUCUACCUUCCCGCUUGCUCUCUGCCUGCACGCUUGCCUCUCUACCUGCACGCUUGCUCUCUACCUGCACGCCUGCCUCUCUACCUGCACGCUUGCUCUCUACCUGCGCGCUUGCUCUCUACGUGCACGCUUGCUCUCUACCUGCACGCUUGCUCUCUACCUGCACGCUUGCUCUCUACCUGCAUGCUUGCUCUCUGCCUGCACGCGUGCUCUCUGCCUGCACGCUUGCUCUCUGCCUGCACGCUUGCUCUCUACCUGGACGCUUGCUCUCUACCUGCACGCUUGCCUCUCUACCUGCACGCUUGCCUCUCUACCUGCACGCUUGCCUCUCUACCUGCACGCUUGCUCUCUACCUGCACGCUUGCUCUCUGCCUGCACGCUUGCUCUCUGCCUGCACGCUUGCUCUCUGCCUGCACGCUUGCUCUCUACCUGCACGCUUGCUCUCUACCUGCACGCUUCCUCUCUGCCUGCACGCUUGCUCUCUGCCUGCACGCUUGCUCUCUGCCCGCACGCUUGCUCUCUGCCUGCACACUUGCUCUCUGCCUGCACGCUUGCUCUCUACCUGCACGCUUGCUCUCUACCUGCACGCUUCCUGUCUGCCUGCACGCUUCCUCUCUACCUGCACGCUUCCUCUCUACCUGCACGCUUCCUCUCUACCUGCACACUUGCUCUCUACCUGCACGCUUCCUCUCUACCUGCACGCUUGCUCUCUACCUGCACGCUUGCCUCUCUACCUGCACGCUCGCCUCUCUACCUGCACGCUUGCUCUCUGCCUGCACGCUUGCUCUCUACCUGCACGCUUCCUCUCUACCUGCACGCUUCCUCUCUACCUGCACGCUUGCCUCUCUACCUGCACGCUUGCCUCUCUACCUGCACGCUUGCCUCUCUACCUGCAUGCUUGCCUCUCUACCUGCACGCUUGCCUCUCUACCUGCACGCUUGCUCUCUACCUGCACGCUUCCUCUCUGCCUGCACGCUUGCUCUCUGCCUGCACGCUUGCUCUCUACCUGCACGCUUGCUCUCUACCUGCACGCUUGCUCUCUACCUGCACGCUUGCUCUCUACCUGCACGCUUGAUCUCUGCCUGCACGCUGGCUCUCUACCUGCGCGCUUGCCUCUCUACCUGCACGCUUCCUCUCUACCUGCACGCUUGCCUCUCUACCUGCACGCUUGCUCUCUACCUGCACGCUUGCUCUCUACCAGCACGCUUGCUCUCUACCUGCACGCUUCCUCUCUGCCUGCCCGCUUGCUCUCUGCCUGCAUGCUUGCUCUCUGCCUGCACGCUUGCUCUCUGCCUGCACGCUUGCUCUCUACCUGCACGCUUGCUCUCUGCCUGCACGCUUGCUCUCUGCCUGCACGCUUCCUCUCUACCUGCACACUUCCUCUCUACCUGCACGCUUGCUCUCUACCUGCACGCUUGCUCUCUACCUGCACGCUUGCUCUCUGCCUGCACGCUUGCUCUCUACCUGCACGCUUCCUCUCUACCUGCACGCUUCCUCUCUACCUGCACGCUUGCCUCUCUACCUGCACGCUUGCCUCUCUACCUGCACGCUUGCCUCUCUACCUGCACGCUUGCCUCUCUACCUGCACGCUUGCUCUCUACCUGCACGCUUGCUCUCUGCCUGCACGCUUGCUCUCUACCUGCACGCUUGCUCUCUACCUGCACGCUUGCUCUCUACCUGCACACUUGCUCUCUACCUGCACGCUUGCUCUCUGCCUGCACGCUUGCUCUCUGCCUGCACGCUUGAUCUCUGCCUGCACGCUUGCUCUCUGCCUGCACGCUUGCUCUCUACCUGCAUGCUUCCUCUCUGCCUGCACGCUUCCUCUCUACCUGCACGCUUCCUCUCAACCUGCACGCUUGCUCUCUACCUGCACGCUUGCUCUCUACCUGCACGCUUCCUCUCUGCCUGCACGCUUGCUGUCUACCUGCACGCUUCCUCUCUACCUGCACGCUUCCUAUCUACCUGCACGCUUGCCUCUCUACCUGCACGCUUCCUCUCUACCUGCACGCCUGCCUCUCUACCUGCACGCUUGCUCUCUACCUGCAUGCUUGCUCUCUACGUGCACGCUUGCUCUCUACCUGCACGCUUGCUCUCUACCUGCACGCUUGCUCUCUACCUGCACGCUUGCUCUCUACCUGCACGCUUGCUCUUUGCCUGCACGCUUGCUCUCUGCCUGCACGCUUGCUCUCUACCUGCACGCUUGCUCUCUGCCUGCACGCUUGCUCUCUGCCUGCACGCUUGCUCUCUACCUGCACGCUUGCUCUCUACCUGCACGCUUGCUCUCUACCUGCACGCUUGCUCUCUACCUGCACGCUUGCUCUUUGCCUGCACGCUUGCUCUCUGCCUGCACGCUUGCUCUCUACCUGCACGCUUGCUCUCUGCCUGCACGCUUGCUCUCUGCCUGCACGCUUGCUCUCUGCCUGCACGCUUGCUCUCUGCCUGCACGCUUGCUCUCUACCUGCACGCUUGCUCUCUACCUGCAUGCUUGCUCUCUGCCUGCACGCUUGCUCUCUGUCUGCACGCUUGCUCUCUGCCUGCACGCUUGCUCUCUACCUGGACGCUUGCUCUCUACCUGCACGCUUGCCUCUCUACCUGCACGCUUGCCUCUCUACCUGCACGCUUGCCUCUCUACCUGCGCGCUUGCUCUCUACCUGCACGCUUGCUCUCUGCCUGCACGCUUGCUCUCUGCCUGCACGCUUGCUCUCUGCCUGCACGCUUGCUCUCUACCUGCACGCUUGCUCUCUACCUGCACGCUUCCUCUCUGCCUGCACGCUUGCUCUCUGCCUGCACGCUUGCUCUCUACCUGGACGCUUGCUCUCUACCUGCACGCUUGCCUCUCUACCUGCACGCUUGCCUCUCUACCUGCACGCUUGCCUCUCUACCUGCACGCUUGCUCUCUACCUGCACGCUUGCUCUCUGCCUGCACGCUUGCUCUCUGCCUGCACGCUUGCUCUUUGCCUGCACGCUUGCUCUCUACCUGCACGCUUGCUCUCUACCUGCACGCUUGCCUCUCUACCUGCACGCUUCCUCUCUACCUGCACGCUUGCUCUCUACCUGCACGCUUGCUCUCUACCUGCACGCUUGCUCUCUACCUGCACGCUUGCUCUCUGCCUGCACGCUUGCUCUCUGCCUGCACGCUUGCUCUCUGCCCGCACGCUUGCUCUCUGCCUGCACACUUGCUCUCUGCCUGCACGCUUGCUCUCUACCUGCACGCUUGCUCUCUACCUGCACGCUUCCUCUCUGCCUGCACGCUUCCUAUCUACCUGCACGCUUCCUCUCUACCUGCACGCUUCCUCUCUACCUGCACGCUUGCUCUCUACCUGCACGCCUGCCUCUCUACCUGCACGCUUGCUCUCUACCUGCAUGCUUGCUCUCUACGUGCACGCUUGCUCUCUACCUGCACGCUUGCUCUCUACCUGCACGCUUGCUCUCUACCUGCACGCUUGCUCUCUACCUGCACGCUUGCUCUCUACCUGCACGCUUGCUCUUUGCCUGCACGCUUGCUCUCUGCCUGCACGCUUGCUCUCUACCUGCACGCUUGCUCUCUGCCUGCACGCUUGCUCUCUGCCUGCACGCUUGCUCUCUGCCUGCACGCUUGCUCUCUGCCUGCACGCUUGCUCUCUACCUGCACGCUUGCUCUCUACCUGCAUGCUUGCUCUCUGCCUGCACGCUUGCUCUCUGUCUGCACGCUUGCUCUCUGCCUGCACGCUUGCUCUCUACCUGGAUGCUUGCUCUCUACCUGCACGCUUGCCUCUCUACCUGCACGCUUGCCUCUCUACCUGCACGCUUGCCUCUCUACCUGCGCGCUUGCUCUCUACCUGCACGCUUGCUCUCUGCCUGCACGCUUGCUCUCUGCCUGCACGCUUGCUCUCUGCCUGCACGCUUGCUCUCUACCUGCACGCUUGCUCUCUACCUGCACGCUUCCUCUCUGCCUGCACGCUUGCUCUCUGCCUGCACGCUUGCUCUCUACCUGGACGCUUGCUCUCUACCUGCACGCUUGCCUCUCUACCUGCACGCUUGCCUCUCUACCUGCACGCUUGCCUCUCUACCUGCACGCUUGCUCUCUACCUGCACGCUUGCUCUCUGCCUGCACGCUUGCUCUCUGCCUGCACGCUUGCUCUCUGCCUGCACGCUUGCUCUCUACCUGCACGCUUGCUCUCUACCUGCACGCUUGCUCUCUACCUGCACGCUUGCUCUCUACCUGCACGCUUGCUCUCUGCCUGCACGCUUGCUCUCUGCCUGCACGCUUGCUCUCUGCCCGCACGCUUGCUCUCUGCCUGCACACUUGCUCUCUGCCUGCACGCUUGCUCUCUACCUGCACGCUUGCUCUCUACCUGCACGCUUCCUCUCUGCCUGCACGCUUCCUAUCUACCUGCACGCUUCCUCUCUACCUGCACGCUUCCUCUCUACCUGCACGCUUGCUCUCUACCUGCACGCCUGCCUCUCUACCUGCACGCUUGCUCUCUACCUGCAUGCUUGCUCUCUACGUGCACGCUUGCUCUCUACCUGCACGCUUGCUCUCUACCUGCACGCUUGCUCUCUACCUGCACGCUUGCUCUCUACCUGCACGCUUGCUCUCUACCUGCACGCUUGCUCUUUGCCUGCACGCUUGCUCUCUGCCUGCACGCUUGCUCUCUACCUGCACGCUUGCUCUCUGCCUGCACGCUUGCUCUCUGCCUGCACGCUUGCUCUCUGCCUGCACGCUUGCUCUCUGCCUGCACGCUUGCUCUCUACCUGCACGCUUGCUCUCUACCUGCAUGCUUGCUCUCUGCCUGCACGCUUGCUCUCUGUCUGCACGCUUGCUCUCUGCCUGCACGCUUGCUCUCUACCUGGAUGCUUGCUCUCUACCUGCACGCUUGCCUCUCUACCUGCACGCUUGCCUCUCUACCUGCACGCUUGCCUCUCUACCUGCGCGCUUGCUCUCUACCUGCACGCUUGCUCUCUGCCUGCACGCUUGCUCUCUGCCUGCACGCUUGCUCUCUGCCUGCACGCUUGCUCUCUACCUGCACGCUUGCUCUCUACCUGCACGCUUCCUCUCUGCCUGCACGCUUGCUCUCUGCCUGCACGCUUGCUCUCUACCUGGACGCUUGCUCUCUACCUGCACGCUUGCCUCUCUACCUGCACGCUUGCCUCUCUACCUGCACGCUUGCCUCUCUACCUGCACGCUUGCUCUCUACCUGCACGCUUGCUCUCUGCCUGCACGCUUGCUCUCUGCCUGCACGCUUGCUCUCUGCCUGCACGCUUGCUCUCUACCUGCACGCUUGCUCUCUACCUGCACGCUUGCCUCUCUACCUGCACGCUUCCUCUCUACCUGCACGCUUGCUCUCUACCUGCACGCUUGCUCUCUACCUGCACGCUUGCUCUCUACCUGCACGCUUUCUCUCUGCCUGCACGCUUGCUCUCUGCCUGCACGCUUGCUCUCUGCCCGCACGCUUGCUCUCUGCCUGCACACUUGCUCUCUGCCUGCACGCUUGCUCUCUACCUGCACGCUUGCUCUCUACCUGCACGCUUCCUCUCUGCCUGCACGCUUCCUCUCUACCUGCACGCUUCCUCUCUACCUGCACGCUUCCUCUCUACCUGCACGCUUGCUCUCUACCUGCACGCUUGCUCUCUACCUGCACGCUUGCUCUCUACCUGCACGCUUGCCUCUCUACCUGCACGCUCGCCUCUCUACCUGCACGCUUGCUCUCUGCCUGCACGCUUGCUCUCUACCUGCACGCUUCCUCUCUACCUGCACGCUUCCUCUCUACCUGCACGCUUGCCUCUCUACCUGCACGCUUGCCUCUCUACCUGCACGCUUGCCUCUCUACCUGCACGCUUGCUCUCUACCUGCACGCUUCCUCUCUGCCUGCACGCUUGCUCUCUGCCUGCACGCUUGCUCUCUACCUGCACGCUUGCUCUCUACCUGCACGCUUGCUCUCUACCUGCACGGUUCCUCUCUACCUGCACGCUUCCUCUCUACCUGCACGCUUGCCUCUCUACCUGCACGCUUGCCUCUCUACCUGCACGCUUGCCUCUCUACCUGCACGCUUGCUCUCUACCUGCACGCUUGCUCUCUACCUGCACGCUUGCUCUCUACCUGCACGCUUGCUCUCUACCUGCACGCUUGCUCUCUACCUGCACGCUUGCUCUCUACCUGCACGCUUGCCUCUCUACCUGCACGCUUGCUCUCUGCCUGCACGCUGGCUCUCUACCUGCACGCUUGCUCUCUGCCUGCACGCUUGCUCUCUGCCUGCACGCUUGCUCUCUACCUGCACGCUUGCUCUCUACCUGCAUGCCUGCCUCUCUACCUGCACGCCUGCCUCUCUACCUGCAUGCCUGCCUCUCUACCUGCACGCCUGCCUGUCUAG